GUCUCCAUCUGGAAGUGCCUUGCACCAUCUGGGUCAAGGAGACUCAUCUUGUUUUUUCUUAGCCAGCCAUGAAAUGCUCAGUGGGCAACCUAGGCCACAUCACAUUAUCUGCCACCUCCUACUUUACACGGGGUGGUCACGUAUAGCACCCUGAGCUCUUCAUCUGAAACCAUUGAGCCGAUGUCAGUCUCUGCAACCUGGGCAAAGAGGCACUUAUUGGAGCAGAAAAGAAAGGUAACAAGUAGUAAAAAUAUCCCUUUGGCAGGAGCUCUUUGCUCAAAGGUAUACAAGCAGUUUGUCCAGUUCGGGAAGCAGAAGUGACAUCCCAACCACCGGUGUAGUAUUUGUGGCCAGCAACAGCCAGUCCCAAUGUGAUGAGCAUCAUUUACCCCACAAGAGAACACUCCAUUCGCUGCUUUAAUCCAGGUCCCUUUGCUUUACUGUUAUGAUGGCAUCUUGUGAAGGGCAUCUUCCAUGACAGGGGCAUUAUUCCCCAUCCCUGGGAGGUGUGGUUGGCAUUCCCCACCACAGGAGCAACUGAACCCAGCUUAGAACUGUAGCAAGGGCAUCUAUGACCUCACAAUUUGAAGCUCCAUUAAAGAGAAGAGAGGAGUUCGUGGAAGUGCUCUUGCUGGAUGCACAAGGGUUGCUGGCCAACCAGCCUGGAGUGGUUGAGUCCAGCAUGAGUGCCAGCACCUUCCUUGGUUGAGGAAUAAAUACCAUAUUGUUCCUGUGGAGGGAAGUAAGCAGUGGAGCUGUAUAAGGAUUGGUACUAUUUUAAGUUCUUCAUAAACACUCUGGAAACAAGUGAAUAGAGCAAGAUUUGUGGAUAACACCCAAUUAUUCAGUGGUAGACUCCUAAUCAGAAAACCUGCAAAACUGAUGAGUCUCCAGCUGCAAGACCAGCAUAAGUGCAAAGAGAUACAUGUGGACAGUCUCCUCUCAAGGCAGCUCACACACAAGAAUCACUCACACAAUUACAACACAUUGCAAAGGGAACAGAGAAAGAAAUAAGGGUGUGCAUUCAUUUGAGGAGGACUGCUGACACCCAAGAAGCAAGCCCCAUGUUGUUCCAUUUGACAUUCAUCCCAAGCCAAACACAAUGACAUCAAACUAGCCCCCAAAGAGCAGAGAUCCAUCUUCAGUAUCUGUCCAUCGAGCAGGUCCUCACAACUAGGCAGCAAUCUCUUGCUGUCAAGAGCACAAUCCUCACCCCUGAAAACGACCAUCUUGACUGCUCAAGACAGAACUCAUCCUUCUCAUGGGGCGUUUCCCUUACAGGCUUUGUCAGCCACAGACCCUGUAGGGAAACCUCCCUGCUGCUGCUUCUCCAUCUCUAGGAGGACGCCAGAAAGGAGGAACCAUUCUCCAAUCAUGCACUAAGGAACAAACAAGAGAUUGAUGUUGAACAAACAGGAUAUCCCACACUUCCAUGCUCCAGCCAGCAACCUCCCAAUGAGGAACACAAACAAAUCCCAACCCUGCUUCUGGGACUCGUCAGACCACCUUUUGAGGUCUGAAAAUGGAAGCAGCUCCAGCCCCAGAAGCCAUCACAGAAUGUCCACUCCCAGCUGGCAAUGAGGCCAAAGCUUCAGAGGCAGCUUUGAUAGGGGCAAGAGCUGAAGAGGAAGAUGGUUUGGGUCAGGCACGCUCCUACAUCCUUUUCAUUGGGAACCUCAACCCCAAGUACUCCCGUGAAGUCCUCUGCAGCAUGUUAAAGGACAUCUUAGGUCUGGCAAGUGUGAGCCUCCAGAGACACCACAUUGAAGUAGUGAAGAAACGCAAGAGUGCCCAUGCCUUUGUGCAGGUGGCAACUGAGGCCAACCUGGAGCAUGUCCUGAAGCAGCUGCUGCUGGCCUCCGAGGCAGAACAAGGCUUGGCCAAGGAGCUGGUGAAGAAAGGGGAGAAUCUGGUUAUGGGACGAGGCAAGAAAUCUGAACUUGGUUCCAAAGAUGGCAGAGAGAGCGACUCUGUAGGGAGCAGUUCAGAAUCUCCCAUGGGAGGGCGACAACUACCAGAGAGAAGCAGGAAGAAGGUCUCGAGCGAUGCCCAAGCUAAUUCUAGCCGGAAGUCUGCUCAGUACCCAUGGAGACUGGUAGACCGGCCAGCAGCCUUUCUGAGCGGCACUCGUUCAGACAGUGCCAUUGUCCAGAGAGAGAUUGUCGGCAAAGAGCGCCUCUUCUAUGGAGCUUUCAUGGGCAGUGAGACCCGGAAUGUGGAAUUCAAACGUGGCAGCGGAGAAUAUCUGACAGUAACCCUCAAACACCACGUGCGGAAGUAUAUGUGUGCUUUCCUCAACAGCGAAGGGGGCAGCCUUUUUGUUGGGGUCGAGGACAAUGGCUUAGUGCAUGGAGUCAGAUGUGACCACAAAGAUGAAGAUAGAGUUCGCCUACUCAUAGACUCUCUUCUGAAAGGCUUCAAGCCCCAAGUUUUUCCUGCAGCCUAUACACUGAGUUUCAUCCCCGUUAUCAAAGCUGAAGACACUGGCAUCUUCCUGAAGGUUAUCCGCUUAAGCGUUCAGCCCCCCAAACAGCAUGGAGAACCUCUUCUUUAUGAAACAGAUCAAGGGGAAGUUUACCUCCGGCGAGAUGGCAGCAUUCAGGGCCCGCUGUCUGGGAGUGCCAUCCAAGAGUGGUGCCGACAGAAGUGGACAGAAGAGAUCAAGAAGUUGGAAAUGAAAAUAGAGAGUUUGCUGAAGGAGAAGGAGACCCUGCAGCAGCAUGUACAGCAAAAUACCAGAGCUCGCUGCUGCAUUAUCAUGUAACCAUUGAGAACUACCCCACAACAUUGGAAGGAAAUGUAGCCCAAUAAAGAACUUGGGCAACC